AGGAAGCAACGGAAGCAGCAUCGAGGUUGAAUACAACGAAAUCGAAUCCCGGCAUGGCUGGGCGAUGGUGUUCCAGGACAUUCGCGAAAAGAGCGACCUGGAAGCGCGAGCGAAGGACUUUUCAACGAACGAGUCGAAAAAGUUGGACAACCGUCGGCUGAACCGCUAUCGGGAUGUGCUGCCGUACGAUCACUCCCGGGUCGCACUAAAGCGUGGCGACACCGACUACAUCAACGCGAACCUGGUGAAGAUGGAGCACACCGGAAGGAAGUACAUCCUGUGCCAGGGGCCACUCCCGCACACGGUUGGCCACUUUUGGAUGAUGGUCUGGGAGCACGAUUCACGCGCGAUUCUGAUGCUGAACAAACUGAUCGAGAAGACGACUGUGAAGUGCCACCAGUACUGGCCGGGCAAGAUCGGCGAGAAAAACCGGCUGGAGCUGAGCGCCGUUCAGCUUUCGGUCGUGUACUUGAAGUGUGUUGAAUAUAAAAAUUUUUGCAAGAGGACUUUCAGACUGACCGACCUGGAGUCGGGUAAAAGCAGGGAGGUGAUACAGUUCCACUACACGACGUGGCCCGACUUUGGCAUUCCGAGUUCGCCGGUAGCAUUUUUGCAGUUUCUCAAAGAGGUGCGCGAUUCGGGCACACUGGACCGAGACGUUGGGCCACCGAUCAUCCACUGUAGUGCCGGUAUCGGGCGUUCCGGAACCUUCUGCCUGGUGGACUGCUGUCUUGUGCUGAUCGACAAGGAAGGGGAAGACCGUGUGUCGGUGCAGAACGUGCUGCUCGAGCUGCGACAAUAUCGUAUGGGACUGAUACAGACACCGGAUCAGCUGUACUUUUCCUAUCAAGCCAUUAUCGAGGGAAUGAAGCGCAUGAACAACUCCUCCUUUGAGGAGUUUGAGGAACUGUCCAUCGUGUCAUCGACUAGCCAGCCGACCAGCGAUCAGGACACGGAAAACGAGGACACCCCACCGCCAUUGCCACCGCCUCGGUCCCACUCGCUGACGAUCGGCACGAAGCCGCUGCCGGUGAUACCGAUGAGCGAGAGCGUGCACGAGGAUUUCCUGCUCAGCAACAGCGAGCGCGAUAAGGUGAACAAUCUGGUGAACCUGGAGAAAAGCAAGCAAUACGAAAUUAGCGACGAAAACCACCACCAUCACAACAAUCACCACGCUCGGGGCAAGAACAAUGGCAAUCACCAUCAUCACCAGCGCCACCAUCAUCACCAACACAAUAAUACCAACCGUCCGCUGCCGCCGCUGCCCAAGGAAAGCUCGCUGGACAAGGUGAACGAGGCGGACGACGGAGGAGAGGACAGUGAGCGAAGCGACUCGAGACCGGUGGCCCGUCACUACAGCAGCAGUAGCAACAAUAGCAGCGGAGGCGAAGACGAACUGAUCGAGGAGAUUGGCAGCAGCGACGAGGAUGACGAUGACGAUGAUGAUGUUGGUAGCGAAGGAGGAGCCAAUGUUCCGUCCGAUAACAGUGAUAACAUUAAAAGCUCCGUUCUGGACGAAAGCUGCAGCAGCAAGGCGGUGGGCAACAGGAACGCACACAGCACCGGCAGCAGCAAUACCACCAGCACCUCCACGACAGCAGCUGGUGGUGGCACAUCAAGCUCGUCGUCGACGACCGCUACUACCACCAGCAGCUCGUCGACUGGCCUGUCGUCCUCGACGUCGGUGUCGUCGGCAACGUCGGCUGGCACCGGUUCGAAUAGCUCGACCCUGGAGUCGAACCGUGGCGAUAAGUCUUCGGCGUUUAACGCCAACUCCACCUUACCACCCUUGCCGAACGGUGCCCUGGACGACGAUGAGGAAAUGAUCUCCAGCCCCGAAAGAGAACUGUCACCGAGCGCCGAGUUGCGCCGCCGCAAGCGCGCCGAACGUCACACGGCGAUGGAGGAGAAGAUUCGCGAAAUCAAACGCAAGCAGAAGGAGGUAGAGAACAAGGGGUCACCGAAAAAGCGCAGGAAGCAAAAGGAAUCCGAGAAAUGAUAUUUGGAAAUCCCGUGGAAGGUAUAUUUCAUCUGUUACAUUUAGACGACACAGACUCACAGCGGAAUGGACGACACGCGCCCCGUGAAGCUCGCAAGGGGAAUGCUUUCAGUGGAAUAAGCUAUGAAACAUGUAGUGCACUAAGAGCCUAGGACUUGAUCACACUUUUGAUACACCCCAUCAUCAUACCCAUUAACGGGCGCCAAUCUCUCGCGGGCAUUAAACAUUGGCACGCUGCGGAACAAUCUUAAACUGUUUUCAAUUGGCCAUUGAUUGACAACUUGCGUGUUUACUCAACGAAUAGACAAUCAAGAAACUUUUCGUUCAAUGCAACUAAAGUUUUUUGAAUAAAAAACAAACUAAACAGCUU